UCAGUGAUGGCGGCUUCGUUUCGUUCGCUCCCUUCAAGCUGCAACAACAAAUGGUACUACACCCGACAGCAGAUCGACAACAGCCCGUCUCGGCAAGCUGGACUUGAUCCCGACAAGGAGCUGUCCUACAGACAACAGGCAGCGAACCUCCUCCAGGACAUGGGGCAGCGGCUCAAUGUAUCCCAACUAACUAUUAAUACAGCUAUUGUGUACAUGCAUCGGUUCUACAUGGUCCAAUCAUUUACAAGGUUUCACAGAAAUGUCAUCUCUCCGGCCGCUCUUUUCCUCGCAGCGAAGGUUGAGGAGCAGCCCCGAAAGUUGGAACACGUAAUCAAGGUGGCGCAUGCAUGUCUAAACCCUCAGGACCCCUCGCCGGACACCCGCAGCGAUGCUUACCUGCAACAAGCCCAAGACCUGGUCAUUCUUGAGAGCAUAAUUCUCCAGACCCUGGCGUUUGAGAUCACAAUUGAUCAUCCUCACACUCAUGUGGUGAAAUGCACCCAGCUGGUCAGAGCCAGUAAGGAUCUGGCCCAAACAUCUUACUUCAUGGCAACCAACAGCCUGCAUUUGACCACGUUCUGCCUGCAGUAUAGUCCACCUGUUGUCGCCUGUGUCUGCAUCCAUCUGGCCUGCAAAUGGUCCAACUGGGAAAUCCCCGUCUCUACGGACGGGAAACACUGGUGGGAGUAUGUGGAUCCCACAGUCACCCUGGAGCUGUUAGACGAACUCACCCACGAGUUUCUUCAGAUCCUGGAGAAAACACCCAGUCGGCUCAAGCGAAUUCGAAACUGGAAGGCCGGAGGUCAAACUCCAAAAGCCAAGCCAAAGGUGCAGGAGGACGGAGACCAAAGAGACACCAUGAUCAGCAUGAUCUCUAUGGUGUCAUCAGAAAGCACCGUGGCGGGCCUGAUGAGCCUCUCGGCGCCGCCGUCCGGCUCCUCCUCCUCGGGGGGAGACAAGGAGCGGGUGGUGCCGGGCAGCGCUGCCACGUGGAGCGGAAAGGGCGUGGUCGGCGGCGAGCAGCCGGCGGCCAACCACGAGGUCCACGCCCCGGCCAAGGUGUCGCUGAGCGAAUACCGGGCCAAGAACGCUGACGUCCUGGCCGCCCAGAAAAGGAAGCUGGAGAACAUGGAGGCCAGUGUGAAGAGGGACUACGCCAACGCAGCGCAGGCUCUCAUUGGCCAGCAGAAGAAGCAUCAUCACCAGCAGACCAGCUCCUCCUCGUCCUCCGACGUUUCCAACCCCUCGCCCAUCAUCCUCAAAAUUCCCGUGGACAGGGAGCGGCCCGACAAACAUUUGAAAAUGCGUUUCCCGAUGCCUGCAGGCGGUGGCGGUGGCCAUGGCGACAGGGGUCAGGAUCCGGACAUCAAAGUGAAAAUACGGGUGCCGGAGAAGCCGAGGGGGGGUUCGGGAGAGGAGGGAAAAAGCCGGGAGAAGCACAGGGAGCGCUCCAACCACCACCACCAUCAUCAGCAGCAUCAUCAUCAUCAGCAGCACCACCACCAUUCCUCCUCCAGCAGCGCCUCGCUGUCCUCCUCACACAAACACUCGUCCAGCACUGGCGGCUCGCUGGGCAGCAACAAAAAAGUCCCGAGCGAUUCGUCCAGGUCCAGUUCCUCGUCUUCGUCCAGCUCCCGAAAGAGGACGCAUUCGCAGGACCCGCAUGCCGCCUCUGCCGCCAAGGCCAGCAAGACCUCCAGGAACGCCUACCAGCUGCCCUCCCUGUCUUCCGGACAAACCCUGGGUUCAGACGUCCUGCCACCGCUGGGCCUCUCCCACCACCAGGGAGCAUUCUCGCACUCCAAAGGCGACAAGAUGGACACUAACGGGCACGGUGCGGCGGACGGCGCUCAGUCCAACGAGUACCAGGACACUUUUGAGAUGCUGAACUCGCUGCUGAGCGCGCAGGGCGUGCAGCCGUCGCAGCCGUCCAUGUACGACUAUCGAUCCCAAUACGCGGACUACCGGUUCCCCGGCGGCUCCAGGGGUGCCAACCCCAGACCGCCUCCCCUGCCCUCAGAACCGCCUCCCCCUCUGCCGCCACUACCCAAAUGAUCCUCUGGUCAUUUAUGUAGAUUUUACUUGAAAUCACAAGCGUCCAUCUUAUGUAAAGUGUUGUAAAAAAUAAAUAAAUUAGCUUUUUUUAAUUAAAUUCACCCACCCAAUUUUUUUUUUAUGUAAGUUUCUAUGACGGAGUAUUAGGACCACGCUAAGAAAAUAAAUACAAUUAUGAGAAUAAAGUCUAAAUAAAGCAAGAAUAGACAUAAUAUCACAAGAAUAAAGUUGUAGGAGAAUAAAGUCAAUUUUAUGACUUUUUCUUGUAAUGCCGUCUUUGUCUCAAAAUAUU